AUGAAGGCCAACUUCCUCCCCGUCAUUGCCCUGCUCCUCACCCCCGCCCUCGCUGCUCCCUUUGCCGAGCCCGAGGCCGAGGCCGAGUUCACCCCCAUGGCCAGGGACAUGACUCCCCGCGCCGCCUUCAACGAAGCCGAAGUCUUCGCCUUCGCCCCUCCGGCCUCCUGCAAGGUCCUGAACUGCAUCAGCGUCAUCAGCUCGGCCGUCUGCGUCGCCAACGCCAUCGACGAUGAUGACUACAAGGCUAUCCUCAAGUGCGCCAAGAAGGACCAGCUGUGCGGCUGCGCUGGCUGCUUCAGCAAGCUCAAUGGCUUCUUGGAGAAGUGGGGAAUCUGCUAA